CAAAAAAACCCUCUACCCCAUCUUGAGCCCCUAAAAUAUUGAUAUUUGGGGCCAGUAUAUUAAUCCAUCACUGGAGGAGAAUUUUCUCCAUCUUCGCUUUUCAGUUGAUGUCUUAGAGGCCACAUUGCAGUUUUCGAUCUCGCCAUAACUGGAGAAGGUGGAAGCUAGGGUUUCAGAGGUGGUGCCCCAACCUAAAGCAUGGACAAAAUGCUUGCAAUGAGAUGGGUCCCUGUCUACAAGACUGUGAGCUUCGUUGAGGACAUUGGGAUCUAAGAAAACUGCAGUCUUGAUGAGUUCUAUGAGCUGUUCUUUGGUGAAUGGUUAUAAGAGUUCGUCGAGGUCUUCUUCUUCUCAAAUCGAGAUAUGGUGAUAAGGUGCUUUUGGUUCUGCUUCUUCUUCGGAGUCUAAGCUGAUUCGAUUGUGGUCCUGUUUUGCCUUGCAUUUCGUGCCCAUCGAAAGAGAAGGCGAUGGAGAGAGAGAGAGAUGGCCAAAAAGUAAGGAGGACAGAAGUAGAAAAGGAGUGAGAAGGAAAAUGGAGUAGGAUUUCAAUUUCUUUAGUUGAGAAAAAUGGAGAAGGUUAUAAAUAGAGACAAGAAGCAGGGAGGAGACGAGGGAAAAGCACGGAGGAGAGUGAAGAGUGUGAGAGUUACAUAAAGAGAGGCACGAGAGGGGCCAUUUUUCGUAAAGAGAUCCUGGCAUUUCAUCCAUAAGUGGUGGGCAAAAAUUCAAAACGCACGCAUCCCGCUCUUCCACUGAAGAGAAACUCUCUCUCUCUCUUCUACUGAAGGGACACUCUCUUCCACUGAAGAGAAUCACUCUCUCUCUACCCUGAUAAAAAAGCAAAGCAGAGAGAGAAAGUAAGGGUUCUCGCUCGUUAACCCUAAAUGGCAGGCCGGCAUGAAAAGGAAAAGGGCGUCAAUGUCCAGGUUCUUCUCAGAUGCAGGCCUUUCAGUGAUGACGAGUUAAGGUGCAAUGCGCCUCAGGUCAUCACCUGUAAUGAAUGGCAACGGGAGGUUGCUGUAUCUCAAAAUAUUGCAGGAAAGCAGAUAGAUCGAAUUUUCACCUUUGAUAAGGUUUUUGGUCCAUCUGCACAUCAAAGUGAUCUAUAUGAACAAGCAGUGGUUCCGAUUGUAAAUGAAGUGUUAGAAGGAUUUAACUGCACGAUAUUUGCAUAUGGUCAAACGGGUACAGGGAAGACUUAUACAAUGGAAGGUGACAGUAAGAAGUCCAAGAAUGGGGAGCUUCCUCCUGGUGCUGGUGUGAUACCUAGAGCCGUGAAACAAAUUUUUGAUACACUGGAAGGUCAAAAUGCAGAGUAUAGUGUAAAAGUUACAUUCCUGGAGUUGUAUAAUGAGGAGAUAACAGAUUUGCUGGCCCCUGAAGAAAUAUCCAAGGCAGCCCUUGAUGAGAAACAAAAGAAGCCCCUACUUCUUAUGGAGGAUGGGAAAGGUGGUGUCUUGGUUAGGGGACUUGAGGAGGAAAUUGUGACAAGUGCCAAUGAAAUCUUCACACUUUUAGAAAGAGGAUCUGCAAAGAGGCGCACUGCAGAGACCUUACUGAACAAACAAUCUAGUCGUUCCCAUUCACUCUUUUCUAUUACAAUUCACAUCAAGGAAUCCACGCCCGAAGGUGAGGAGCUAAUAAAAUGUGGAAAGCUUAACUUAGUAGAUCUUGCUGGGUCCGAAAACAUUUCACGUUCUGGGGCUAGAGAGGGCCGAGCUAGGGAAGCAGGAGAGAUAAACAAAAGCUUACUUACUUUAGGCCGUGUUAUCACGGCUCUUGUGGAGCAUCUUGGUCAUGUUCCUUAUAGGGAUAGCAAGCUUACAAGGUUAUUACGUGAUUCUUUGGGUGGAAGGACUAAGACAUGCAUAAUUGCGACUGUGUCCCCUUCUGUGCAUUGCCUUGAGGAGACCCUCAGCACUCUUGAUUAUGCACACAGGGCGAAGAAUAUCAAGAAUAGACCUGAGGUCAAUCAAAAAAUGAUGAAAUCAACUCUUAUCAAAGACCUCUAUGGGGAAAUUGAUAGACUUAAGGCUGAGGUUUAUGCUGCACGUGAGAAGAAUGGAGUUUACAUCCCAAAGGAGCGAUAUUAUCAAGAGGAGAGUGAAAGAAAGGCCAUGGCUGAGCGUAUAGAUCAGAUGGAAUGUAUGUUGGAUUUAAACCAAAAGCAAUUUGAAGAUCUACAAGAGAAACAUGAUUUGCAAGCUCAACAUGCUCACUGUUUGAGCUUAAAACUUGAGAAAACUGAGAACGUCUUGGAAGACACAACAAAGUUGCUAUCUUCUACUAAGGAGGAGUUGAAAAGAUCACAAUAUGCCGUAAGAGAGAGGGAAUAUGUGAUAUCUCAACAGAAAAGUUCAGAAAAUGCUCUGGCUGAACAGGCUUGUAGUUUGCGGACUGAUUUGGAGAAAUCUAUUCAGGAUAUCAUUGCUCUGUUUGCCAAAAUAGAAAAGAAGGAGAAGUUGAAUGCUGGAAAUCAGUCAUUAGUGGAUGAUUUUAGAGUAGAGCUUGCCCAAAAGAUGGGUGUGCUUUCAAGCACUGUAGUUGCAUCUAUGACUAAACAAAAUGAGUACCUUCAAUCUGUCGAAAGACAUUGUACUUCUUGUCUGGAUUUCCAUGAUAAGUCUGUUGUAGAGUUGAAGAAAAAGAUAGCAUCUUUGAAUGGAUUGUAUAUUUCUCAUUUGGAGGCUCUGCAAAAUGUUGUCCUUUUGCAUAAGGCAAGUUCAAAUGCAUGCCUGGAAGAUAUAUCCUCCUUAUCUUCUAGAGAUGCCUCCUCAGUUGAAGAAAUGCUGACUGCUGAGGCUGGAGUGGCAAAUUCUAUAUUUAGGGAUCUUCAGACCACACUAUCCGAUCAUCGGGGGGAAAUAGCUGCCUUUGCUCGGGAGUUAAAAGAGAGAGCUCGCCUUAGUGGUGAGUUUAUGAAAGAAGUAACAGCAACUACGAUUGGAUUCUUUGGAAAGUUGAGUAACGAAUGUCAAAAACUUCAGCAUCACGUUAGUCGGUCCCAUGAGAGUCAUGUCCAAAGCAUUGUUGAUUUGCAGAAGGUUUUUGAGGAGAAAUCAAGAUUGGAGGAGGCGAAGCUUGUAGAAGAUAUCACUAGCUUAAUCACUACAGCCAUGAGUCGCAAAAAGGAGUUGGUAAAUGCGGGGCUUCUUGGUUUAAAAGAAGCUGUUCUAGAGGACGAGGUAUUGACCCAGAAGCAUGUUUCGACCAUUGAGGGGGCCACUUGUGAUGCUAAGAGAAAAUGGGAGGAGAUCUCUGAGAAGGGAGAGCAUGACUCCAAGGAUAAUGCUGACUUUUCUGCUGCCAAACAUUGUCGUAUGGAAGUUUUCCUUCAAAAGAGUGUCAACAUUGGGGAGGCUGCUAGUAAGCAUGGUACAAAGACCUAUGAAUCUGUUAAGGAGUUGGGGAGGAGACAUUUUACAGCCAGGGACUCUAUUGUGAGGAAUGCAAUGGAGUGUAACGAACAACAUACUGCAGAGGUUGAUCAAGAGUGUGCCAUGGCUGAGAAAGACAUAAGCAAACACACCGAUACACUCGUUCAACAUAUUGAGAGUUUGACAGAGUAUGAGCACCGCAUAAAUGGUGAGAUCUUCUCGGCUUUGGCAGAACAAUCGAGUGCAUUAGAAAAGCUUAGGGAUGAUCAUACAGCCAGUGUGUCAGAGAUAGAACAGCAUACAGAGUGUUGCUUUCAAGAGAAAUAUAUGGACUAUGAACCAACUUCCAAAACGCCCGGCAAGAAGGAUGUGAAUUUACCAACAAGAGAAGCGAUAGAGGGUAUGAAGACCAUGCCUUUUGAGUUGCUGGUAGAGGAGUUCAGGGAAAAUCAUCCUUAUGACUUUGACCCUCAAUUAUGUAAUGAGAAUGGUUUAAUGAGUGAGGUGAAGACUGGUGAGAUCCCGGGUGUUGUGACUUCCCGGGAUUCUCGGUCCCCUUUAACUGAGGUUAAUUGAUAUUUGUAUGUUAUAUUUGCUUGGUAGCAAUAUGUACCCACGAGUUCUUUGCUAAGUGUUUGAGUUCCUUUUCUAUUGGAAACUUGGGAAAGGUGCAAAUGGGUAUAUAUGUAUUCUGCGGUUGUAAUUCUGUAAUCUACAUAUUACAUUCAUGGUUCACAUUAUAAUUCUGGAGCUGUUUUUGUUUUCA